AUGGAAAAUAAAAAUUCAAAAAAUAGUAUAUGUGAAGAUACCACAAAUUUAAAAAAAAAUAAAACAAAAAAUAGACAAUUAAAUAUAUUAAAUGAUAAUGAAACGAGCAAUAAAAAAGUUAAAUACAACCAGGUAAAAGAAGAAUAUGAAAAAGGAGAAAUUUUUUUAGAAAACAUUUUACAUAUAGAUAAUUAUAUAAAAAAUAAUGAAAAGGAAAAUGAAUAUAUAGAUAAUAUAAAUUGGAAAAAUAUUAAUAAAUCAUUAGCAUGCUAUGAAAAUAAAAAUAGAAAAACUUUAUAUAGACAUAAUGUAAUAAAUGAAGAACAGAAGAACAUUGAAUUAUUAUUAUCAAGACAAAAAAACUUAGAACAUCUAGAAACAAUAAAUUUUGAUGAUUUAAUUAAAAAUAAUUUUUUUAAUUCAUUGAGUAAUAAAACUAUCGUAAAUAAUAAAAAUGGGGAAAAAAAUGAGAACAAAAAUAAUACCAAUUCAUCAGAAGAAAGUGAAAGAAAUAGCCUAGUAGAUAUACUUUAUAAAAUAAAAAAAGAACAAGAACAAGAUCAUGAAGAACUAGAACAAUAUGAAGAAAAAGAAGUAGAGGUAGAGUAUGAUGAACAAAAGGAAGGAGAAGAAAACGAAGAAGAACAAGAGGAAGAAAAAGAGGAAGCAGAAUAUGAAGAAGACGAAGAAAUAGAUGAAGAACAAGAAUACGAAGAAGAAGAAAAGGAAAAAAAGAAAACCAAAAAGAAAGAAAAGGAAGAGGAAGAAGAAGAAGAAGAAAAGGAAAAAGAGAAAACAAAAAAGAAAGAAAAGGAAGAGGAAGAAGAAGAAGAAGAAGAAGAAGAAGAAGAAGAAGAAGAAGCGGAAGAAGAGGAAGAAGAGGAAGAAGAUGGAGAAGAAGAAGAAGAAGAUGAAGAAGACGAAGAAGAAAGAAAAAAAGAACAAAAAAAUGAACAGAAAAAACAAGAGAAAGAGAAAGAGAAAGAAAAAGAAAAAGAAAAAGAGAAAAAGAAAGAGAAAGAGAAAGAAAGAGAAAAAGAACAAGAACAAGAACAAGAAGAAAAGGUAAAAAGUGACUAUAGUAAAAAUAAAAAUAUAAUAGAACUAGAAAAAAACAAAAAGGAAAUGUUUAUUUUUAAAAAUAGUACAAUGAAUAAUGAAGAAAAAAAAAAGAACAAGCAAGUCGAAUAUUCUAACGUAGUAGAUAUAUGUAAAAGUUACAUAAAAAAUUUUAAUAAUGUGAAUAAAAGGAUAAAUAAAAGUAAAAAUAUAUUAGAAAAUUCCAAAAAAGCAAAUAAUACAUUAAAUUUAAAUGAAAAUAAUAAUAACAAUGUAAGUAAUAAUAAAAAUAGCAAUAACAUUAUUAAUAAUAAUAAUAGUAUUAAUAAUAGUAGUAAAGAUUAUAAUAGUAAUAAUAUUAUUAAUAAUAAUUGUAAUAACAGUAGUAAUAUUAUUAAUAAUAGUACUAAUACUAAUAAUAAUAUUAUUAAUAAUAAUAAUACUAAUAAUAAUAGUAAUAAUAUUAUUAAUACUAAUACUACUAAUAAUAUUAAUAAUAAUAAGAAUAAUAAUGAUAAUAAGAAUAAUAAUAAGAAUAAGAAUAAUUAUGAUAAUAAUAAUAAGAAGAAAAAUAAGAAUAAUUAUGAGAAUAAUAAUGAGAAUAGUAAUAAGAAUAAUUAUGAGAAUAAUAAUAAUGAUAAUAAUAAUAAGGAUACAAAUAAGAAUAUUUACGAUAGUAAUAAUAAUGAAGAUAUAUACAAAACACAAAACGGCUUGAAUUCCCCAUUUAUGUUGGAUGAACUAAAAAAAAAAAGUCAUAAUUAUAACAAAAACGAAUAUAACUCAGAUGAUAACACACAAAGAAAAAGCACAAAUUCAUAUUCAUUACUAAUAGAAGAAAACCAAAAAAAUGACGAAAAUAUAAAAACAAAUAAAUAUAAUUACAAUAUUAACAAAUUAAGUAACGAAAUUCAACUUUCCAAUGAAUAUGAAUUUGCUGGCUAUAACGAAACGAAUGAUUUUCAUUUAGAAGAUAGUAUAAAUAGAGAAAUAUCAGAUAAAAAUGAGAAAUCAUUCAUAAAUAGUAUAUUAAAUAAUAAUUAUAAUUAUGAAAAUAAGCUUUUAUUAGAUAAAACAAAAUAUUGCAAAGAAAAUAAUUUAAAUGGAAAAAACGAUAUAAACGAUAUAUUAAAAUGCUCCAAUGAUCUUUCUUCAAAUUAUAAUUUCCAAAAUUUCAAUUUAAAAAAAAAUAUAAAUCCACAAAUAAUACUGGAAUAUAUAAAUAGCUUUAAUUCGAAUAAUUGUAAUUCAAAUGAUAAAACAAACAAAAAUAAUGUAUCCAUUAAUAAUUUAUGUAAUUACAAUGUAAGUAAUAAUAAAGUAAGAAAUUUAAUUAAAAAUAAUAAAAAUAUAAAUAACGUGGUAAAUAUUUUCCAAAAAAAUUAUAUAAAUAAGUCAAGCAAACAUAAUGAAAAUGAGGGUACCAUACCAGAUAAUAACAAUAAUUUUAAUUCCAAUCAAGAAACAAAUUUAGAUAAAAAAGAGUUAACGGAUAUUAAUUCCAUCUCAUUAAUAAAUGAUAUAGACACUAAAAGCACAAGUUUUAUAAAUGAUACUAACAAAAUAAACAUUAUAAAUGGAAAUAGUGAAGUAAAUUUAUUUAACAUGAAACAUAAUGGUAAGUUAAUUGAACGAUCGCAAUAUUUGAAAAAUAAAGAAAUUCAUAUGACAAAAAAAAAUGAAGAAUACAAUGAAGAAAAUAAAGACAACAAUGAACAAGAAACAAUAUUAAAUUCAUAUUAUGACGAUGUUAUUAAUUGUUAUAGAAACUAUACUAUAAAUGGUUAUGAUGACGAAAAACAUUUUUAUUUUUGUGAAUUUUGCGAACAGAAUAUCUUUAAUUUAAAUAGUAUAUUAAAAGAAGAUGAUGUGAAAGAAUAUAUAUAUACUUGUAAUAUAUCUUGCGGAAGAAUAUUUCAUAAAAAAUGUGUAAGUUAUAUUAAAAGAGAUGAUAAUUAUAUUUGUUUUUUUUGUUUAUAUGAUAUUAAUUUUUGUACAUUAUGUAAGGAUAUCACUACAAAUGAUAAAUUAUUACCAUGUUAUUAUCCAUUAUGCAAUAUUGCCUUUCAUUUAAAUUGCAUUGAGGAUUUAAAUUUAUUUAAAACAGAAUGCUUAAAACAGUACUCUUAUGUAUCAUGUAAUAUAACUAGUCAAGAAAAGAAAGAUGUAAAUAAUAAAAUGAACGAACACGAUAUUAUAGAAAUUAAUAAAGAUAAUUACGAAAAAAACGAUGUAAAUAAUAAAAACAAAGUUGGAAUUAAUAAUAAAAUAAUGAUUAAAAAUAAUUUGUGUGGUGAUACAUCUGAUAUCACUACUACAAUAAAAAAUCAAAUAAAUCAUUCUCUGAAAGAUGAGUAUUCAGAUAACAAUAAUAAGAAAAAUAAUAAAAUGGAUAAUGAUUUUAAUAAUUGUUUCAUUAAUAAUAAUGAGCAUUUACAUGGUAAUUUAAAACUUAAUAGAUAUAUAUGCCCUUUACAUGUAUGCUAUGUAUGCAAAGAUUUUUAUAUAAUAAAUUUGGAGAAAGUAAAAAAUAGAUUAAACAAUUGUUUAUUUAGAUGUAUAAAAUGUUUUAAAUCGAUUCAUCUUCAUUGUAUGAGUAAUAAUUAUAUAAUAUCUUAUAAGCAAAAAAUUAUGUUUUGCUCAAGUCAUAUAGAAUAUUAUAAAAGAAAACAUAUGGAAUCAAUGAAUGCUCUAAAGAAAAAUUCAGAUGAUAAAAAUUUUGUUAAAAAAAAUAGAUUUAAAAAUGAUAUAGAUGAAAAUAAUAUAUAUCCUUAUGUAGAGUUAGAUAACAUCUCAGUUAUGUCAAAUAUGCAUAAUUCUCCUAUUACAAACAUUUUAUUAAAUAAUACAACUACGAAUGAAAAUGAAAAAAUGAAGAACAAAAAUAUAUUAUGUAAUGACGAAGAGUUAAAGAAAAAUGAACACAUGUGUAAAUCUAGAACUUGCAAUUUUAAAAAAGAUAAUAAUAAUUAUCAACUUAAGGAAAAAAUGGAAAUAAAUUAUGAAAAUGGAUAUAACAACAACAUAAAUAGAAAAAUAAUAUUUGAUUUAACUGAAGGAGAAGAAGAUAAAUUGGAUAUUCUUAAAGAACUCCAAAAUAAAAUAAAUAUCAAUAAGAAUUCUUACCAAAAGAAUAUUAAUCAUUUAACAGAAAAAGAUAGUUAUAAAUCAAGUUUUUUGAAUAAUAAUCAUAAUUAUAAUGUAAAUGAUGAUAUUUAUACAAAUAUUGACGAGCAAAGAAUAGUGAAUAAUACAAAUUUAAACAAUUUAUCUAACAUUUUUGUAGAAAGUAUUAAUAAGAAUAAUUCACAUGAAACAAAUGAAAAUUUGAAUACUAUUAAUAAUGAAGAUAUUAAUGAUGGCAAUAACUGUAUCAAAAAAAAAAGAAAACUUUCUAAUUUUAAUGAACUUGAUAUUUUAAAAAAUUAUAAUUUAGAUAUAAAUAUUUUAAGUGAUUUUACAAGACAUAAAUCAGAUUCAACAUCACCGCAAAAAACAAAUAAUGCUUUGAAGAGUGAUAGAGAUACAAAUGAGGGAAUCAAUUAUGAAAAUAACUUAGAAAAUAAUGUAAUUGAUAAUGAAGUAUAUGAUAAUUAUGCAAAUAAUUUAAGUGAAAAUUUUGAUAAAAACGAAAGGUGUAAUAUAAAUGAAAAUAUAAAUAAUAAAAAUGAAAAAAUUAUUGAUUUCUUUGAUAAUUUUAUUAUUAAUAAUGAUAUUUAUAUGAAAAAUCAGAAAAAUUAUGACAAUUAUAAAAAUGAAAAUAUUAAUAAAGAAAAAUAUUCAAAUUUAUGUUGUGAUACUUUUACAAAUGAAAAAUUAAAAAAAGAAGCAGAAUAUAAUUUUAUAACUAUUAAAAUUAGAAAAAUUUUAGAUAUUGAAAAAUCAUUAUUAUCAUUAAAUGAAAUUAAUGCAGAUCAAAUAAAUGAAGAAUGUGAGGAACAGAUAAACGUCUUAUGUUCCUUGAGAGAAGAUUUUAUUAACUAUGUAAUAUUUUUAUUUAAUAAGAAAAUUGAAAAUGAUAGAAGUAACAAUUAUAAAAGUCAGAAUCUAAUAAAAAUGAGCAUUGCUGAUAUUAGUAAUAUAUCAAAUGUAAAAGAAAUUAUACCUCAGGAAAAUUCAAAUAAAAAUUCAUUAUUUGAUUUAAACAAUGAUAUGAACAAAAAUGAUAAUACUAACAAAAAUGAUGACAACAAAAUGAAAUAUAUAUCUAAUAAUCUUCUAAAUACAGUUCGUAAUGAGUUAAAAAAUAUAUCAAGUUCAUACAUUGAAGAAACAAGUGUGAACCGAAUUGAAGGGAAUAUUAUAAACGGUGUAAAAAAAGAAGGAAUAUUAUCUCAUACUUAUGAUAAAAAGGACGAAGAUAGUGAAGUAAUGGAGAAUAAAUGGAAACAUAAUAUAAAUAGUGUAAAUACAGACAAAGAUAACGGAAAAGCAGAAAUUAUAAAAAAUAAAGAAGAAAAAGUGACUAAAGGUAUGCAAAUUGAUAUCAAUGAAAAAAUAGAUCAAAAUACAAAGAUAAAUGAAGAUAAUAAAUUUGAAAAAACAGAAGAAAAAAUAAAUAAUUAUGAUGAAAAUGGAAAUGAAGAGGAGGAUCGUAUAAAAGGAAAGAAGAAAAAUUUGAAAAAUAGCAAAAUAGAUAUGAAUGAUUUUUUUUCAACUACAAAGAAUGGCUAUAAAAUUGAUGUAAACACAUUAAAAAAAUAUAGUCAUUAUUUAAAUUUUGAAUAUAUUUCGAAAAAUGUUUAUUUAAGUGACCAAUAUAAAAAUUUAUUAUCCUGUAAGUCAGACGAUUAUAGAUGCCUAUGUCAUGGAGAGUGUGAUCCUUUCACUUGCUAUAAUUCAUUGAGCAAAAUCCAAUGUUCCAAAAAUAGGUGUAAUUUGCCCAUAGAAAUACAAGAUAGAAAAUGCUUUAAUCGCCCCUUUAAACAUUCAGCAAUAAAAGAUUUAGAAAUUAAAAAAACAGAAAGAACAGGAUAUGGCGUAUUUUGUAAACGGGAUAUAAAAAAUGGAGAGUUAAUUUGUGAAUAUGUUGGAGAAGUUCUCGGAAAAAAAGAUUUUGAAAAAAGAAUGGAAACAUAUAAAGAAGAAAGUAAAAAAACAGAUAUGUACAAUUGGUACUCAAUACAAAUAAAUAGAGAUGUUCAUAUUGAUAGCAGAAGAAAAGGAAGUAUUUCAAGAUUUGUUAAUCAUUCUUGUUCACCAAAUAGUGUUUCACAGAAAUGGAUUGUACGUGGAUAUUAUAGAAUUGGAAUUUUUGCUUUACAAGAUAUUCCUUGUGGUGAAGAAAUUACUUAUAAUUACAGUUAUAAUUUUGUUUUUAAUAACUUUGAAUGUUUAUGUAAUUCUUCCAAUUGUAUGAAUUAUAAUUUGAAAAGAAAAAAUGAAAGUGAUAACGAUAUAAGUGAUGGCGAAAUAACAAAUAAUGACAUUUUUAAUCCAAUAGAAAAUUUUAAUAAUUUACAUAAAAAAUUGCAAGAUUGGAAUUUAAGUAUAGACAAUACAGCAACGAAAGGAUUGUAUCAAUACAAUAAAAUAAAUGCAACUAAUUUGAGAUUAAUGGAAUGCUAUUCUACUUGGAUAUUUUACGAUUUGAAUUUUCAAUGGAAUCAUUUUUUUUCCCUUAAAUCAAAACCAUUUAAUACUUCUACGGAAUUUUGGAAAAUUCUUGUUUCUUCAUUUUCAGAUGGAGAAAAAAAUAUAAUAAAUUGUUUUAGUUUAUUCCUACCAUCACUUAUUAAAAUAGGGCAAUUAAGAAGAAUACAACAGUAUAGCUAUAUUUUACAUAGUAUUGUUGGUGCUGAACAUGAAAUGUGGAAUUUAAUUGAUAAAGGAUUUGCUGAUGAUGAAGUAUGUAGAAAAUGUAAAAGCUGUGGUAACUUAACGAUGUGUGAUAAAUGCUUUAAUAGUUACCAUCAUAGAUGUGGAAAUAUGCAUUCAAAAGUUUACAAAAAUAAUGAACUAGUUUUAUGUAAAUUUUGUCAGAAAUAUGAUUACAAGAUAAAAUGGAUCAAGCAAAAUUAUAGAGAUAAAAUGAAAAGUUGCAUAGAAAUUCGUAGUAAUGCAUUUUAUAAAAUAAAUCGUGAUAUUAUAUCAUUAUUAGAACAAUCAGUAAAAUACACAGAAAAUCAAACAAUUCAAUCCAUUAGUGAACACAAUUCAAAAGCGUGUAACAGUAAAAAAUUGAAGUUAAAAAAAUUUCAAUAUAAAUAUGUAAAAAUAUAG